GAAUAUUAAGCUAUUUGUGUCAGUUGGAAUAAUUCUUUGAUAGCGAGGGUACUAUUCACUGAGUGUUAUUCUGUUCUAGAUGUUUUACCUAAAUGAUGGCAGGAACCUUGAGAUAUACGAUUUUCUUGGCUGCUAUAUUGUUCCAUCUUAACUUCUGGCAAGCACUUGGAGAUGAGCGAUUUGAAGAGGCUUACAAUGGUCUUGUUGAUGACUUAAGUGAAAUCAUGGUAGAUUGGAAUGAAACGCUGCGGAAGCUUCCUGGCUUUGAGUGUUACGAGGAUAGACCACUCGGUAUACCUGCCUUAGGCAAAAAUCUGGAAUUCCCCUGCACCGUCACAACGCCGUCAAAUGAGAUUCCUGCAUCUGUCCAUCGACUACGUCCGGCUGAUAUCAAGGUCAUUGGCGCAAUGGGAGAUUCCUUAUCGGCUGCUAAUGGGGCUGGAGCUUGCUUCUUACCAGAAUUAGCAUAUGAAUACAGGGGUUUAACAUUCAGUCAUGGAGGUGAUGAAGGCUUUGAAACUAAUCCGACUUUGGCUAAUGUUCUGCGAAAGUUUAACCCGGGUUUGAAGGGAUAUGGAUUGGAGAAAGGACGCUGGGACUCAGUAGAGGCAGGGAUGAAUGUUGGCUAUCCCGGUGACAAAGCCAAUGACAUGCCCCACCAAGCUGACUGGCUGAUCCAAAAGAUGAAAGCUGAUCCUGAUAUUGAUUUUGAGAACGAUUGGAAGGUCGUUACCAUUUUUAUCGGUGGAAAUGAUCUGUGCGCCUGGUGUAACAAUCUUGAUUACUACUCCUCAGAUAACUACGUCAACUUCAUCCACGAGUCGCUUGUGAUUCUUCAUGAUCAGAUGCCAAGGACAAUCGUUAACGUAGUCGGUCUCUUACAAGUUUAUCAAGUGGAUAUUUUGAGAGGCACAAUCUGCGACAUAUUUCACUGGGCGUUUUGUCCUUGUGGAAUGUUCUUAACGGACGAAGAACUAAAACGAUUCGAAGAUAUGAACAAGGAAUAUCAGGUAAAACUUAGGGAAGAUAUUAACAGCGGGCAGUAUGACGACAAAGAUGAUUUUACGGUGGUUUUACAACCAUUCCUUCACGAGACAUCAGUGCCUUUUACAGAGGAUGGAGAUCCAGAUUUUUCAUACUUUGCCCCAGACUGUUUUCAUUUCAGCGCCAAGGGUCAUGCGCAGAGUGGACUAGAACUUUGGAAUAACAUGAUUGAACCUGUUGGACAGAAACGAGAGGAAUGGAAUCCCUCUGUGACAAACAUCUCAUGCCCAACUGAGGAGUUCCCUUACAUCUACACAAACUUGAACAGCAAACCAGAAUAUUGGGAUCCAACGCAACCCGCCCCUACAACCGAGGGUAGUGCCAGUAUCUUUCAGAUAUCUCGUGUUUUUGUUUUCUCUCUCUUGUGUAUUGUAGCUUUACUCCGGAAAUAAAUAUCAAUUUCCCGCCUUAUUGGCAUCCAUAAAUAUAUCGCGGGGUAAUAUUUUGAACACAAUUUUAUCUCUCAUAUAGAGGGAUUGUGAUUAUCAAAGUAUUUUAGAAAUGUGAGCAGUAGGCCUUUAUGGCAUUUCCUAUUAACAGCCACUGUAAAAUGCAAACUCAAAAAGGGAUAACUCUUUUCAAAAUAAGAUAUCUUUUAAGCUUUUAAACCUCUGGUUUGCGUAACAUUUGUUUCUAAACUCAUCGAUUAACUUACGUGUGAAAUGUGAUUGAUCCACCAAGUUCUGUCUGUACCAGUGAGCAUGCAUCAAAAUAACAGCUUAGGUCCAUAGUGCCCCCUUUCGUUAUUCAUAAGAUGUGAUCACUCAUGCAACCAUGACAUUGUUACAAUAAAUUACGUUCGUACAAGAUUUAAGAUUUUGCUAGAAAUAUCUGAACAAACUUAAACUUUAUGGAUAUUACAAUUUCAAAACAAGGGUUACAGAAACGAUGAGAGUUUUUUUUCUCAGAUUGAGCUUUCAGAAUCUUCAAAGAUAUGAAGAGUCAGGAAGCGUGUAAGGGUGUGUCACACUAUCAUUAAAACCUGGGGCCCGUUGCAGAAAGAGUUGCAAUCAAUCGCAACUCUAAAAAACAUGCGUAACUUCAAUGAUUUUCAACCAAUGAACAGCGCUCAUUUGGGACUUGCUAUUGAUUUUUUGAUUUGCGUUUUACACAACUCUUUCUGCAACGGAUCCAAUAUACCAGAAAAACGGUCGUGUUUCAUAGAGACUUUUUUAUGAUAACAAAUGCACAAUUUCUAUAACAAGUUUACUAUCAGCCAAUCACAUUAAAAUAAUGCUUACAGUAGUUUUUACAAAUUUGUUAUUCUAAGUAUGUUUUGUUGGUUUUAAGUGUUUUGAUAAGUUUUAUUGAUUGAUCCCAGAUCCUGUCAAAAAUCUGUGUCGUGGAGCCCCGAAUGACUCUUGAGAUCACUUAAUCCCCAACAAGGAAAAGUGAGUCAAUAAAGUGUACGAAAAAAUAAUUAUUUUUCUUAUUGCUCAGAUAUGAUUCUUUUAAAAGUUAUAUGAUAUUUUAAGAAAAAAAAAUUAGGGGAUUUUUUGCGUGUGUUUAUUUCUUUCAUAAAACUAUGCAAUUUUUUGUAUAUUACAAAUCCUAUAGGCCUAUGGUAGGCCUAUUUUGUUUAUUUCGUGAACAAUAAUUCUUUGGCGUAUAAAUUUAUGGAAUGUAUAUAUUACGGGACAGAAAAAAAUUAUUUUGUAAAUUA